GAUGUGAUGAAACACCCAGUUCAGUCUGUAAGAACUAUCAGAACGAGCGUCUGAACGGGUCUUUUAGUACGACACAGGAGAACUCGUCUGAACAUGAUGAUGAUGAUGAAAGCCAACGGUUUCCAGUCUGUGACCCGAUGCAGGAGUUUGAGAAGGUUUCUGUUCAAAACUCUCAUGAGAACACAGACAAGCCAUCUGAUGACCAACAUCCGACUGAAGAUGAUGAUCUGAGCUGUAGCUCUGAAGAUUAUUUCACAGCAGAUGAUGAUGACGUGGAUGAAGGGCGGCGUUCUCCGUCUCUGGUCAACAGCAGAAGACACGUGGAUGUGGACUCCUGUAGCUCCUCCAGUUCCUCCUUUAAAUCCACACACAGCGCUUUGAUCUGCUGACGCACACGGGGCGCUUUUUCAUACUGGGUGAUUCACCAAGCAAGCUUGAUAAUGAGGUUCUUGUUGCAUUGACUGAUGUGGAUGUUGACAGUCACUCAUAUCCCAACAUCUCCAAAUGGAAGAAGAAGGUUUUGUCUCACUCCUCAUCGCUGAGACAAAGUUGGCCAUUAGUUUCACGGGUGACCGGAGACGCCGUGAGUUCAUCAAGCCUCUCACCCGCUGCCUUCAGAAGCCCGAUUCACUUAAACCUCCAGCAGUUUAUCUUCAGUCCUCUCUCCCGCCUGUGAAUGAACUAAAAUGCUCUUUUACUUUACAAGCUCUUACUACAUAUUUAAAUAAUAAUUUUAUAAUGAUUGUAUUUUGCAAUGGUAUCUUAAUAGAAGAUUAUGUAUUGCUUUUAUUCUGAUUUAUCUUUGCACAACAGUUGUGUUGCUUUUAACAGGUGCUGCUUUGUUUGAAAUUGUCAAUGCAUUGGAUGUAAAAGAAAACAAUGUAUGAAUAUAUAAAACUUAACGAAAUGGAUUGAUAUUUCAUGUUUCAUUAUUUCAUAGAAGCCGUUGUUGUUUCCUCAGUCUGUUUUGUGUGAGGAUAAAGAAUGACUCGACAGAACUUUACAAUACUUACUGUGAACUAAACCACUUCAUGUGAUUCUGUAGAAACAUACAUUUCAGUUCUCUUCAAUGUCAAAGAUUAAAUGCUUCACUUGGCUCCGUUUCAGUUCUGUAAAUCAGGAUCACAGAUUGCAAACCUUGUUGAUAAAUGUUGAUAAAAAGUGAUGCAUGCAUAAGAACCUCAACAAUAACAAAUUAAUUUACUGCAAGUAAAUCACUAACUCAUAACAUUUGAUGGAUUUGAUUUGAUGAAACAGUUUUCUUUGUUUUGCACGCAACGAAAACGCUGACAUUUUCACGUGAAGUAUUUGAUGCCAAGCCCUGCUUGAGCCACGCCCAUUUGAGUCCUCUGGCCCCGCCCACCCGCGGAUCUCCCGAUAAAGUGAUGGCGCGCUGAGGUUUGACUCACUCGAGUUUUGUGGUUCAGUUUUUAUGGGUGUGAUGAUAAAUCUGGUGGUGUGUUUGACAGAAGGAGAGCGUCGUUGAUUGAUUGACAGGAGGUGAUCAGGAUGCGCGGGAGCGCGUACGUGCCCGUGUCCGCUGCUGUCGCGCUGUUCGUAUCGUCAUCAACUCUCUUCUUCACCUUCACGUGUCCCUGGCUCGCUCAACACGUGUGUCUCUCACUCCCGUCAUGUGUGGGAAUCCUCUUCCUCUUUGUUAUGGCGAACUUCACCAUGGCAACGUUGAUGGACGCCGGUGUGUUCCCGAGGGCCAAUGAAGAUGAAGAUAAGGACGAUGAUUUCCGCGCUCCGCUCUAUAAGAAUGUGGAGGUGAGGGGCGUUCAGGUGCGCAUGAAGUGGUGCUCCUCAUGUCACUUCUACAGACCACCCAGAUGCUCCCACUGCAGCGUCUGUGACCACUGUGUGGAGGACUUUGAUCAUCACUGUCCGUGGGUGAACAACUGCAUCGGCAGACGCAACUAUCGUUUCUUCCUGCUCUUCCUGCUGUCUCUCAGUCUUCACAUGCUGGGGGUUCUCUCUGGUGGUCUCCUGUAUGUUCUGGAUCAUCGGGAGGAUCUGUGGCAGCUGCAUGCGGCUGUGACACUGGCGGUGGUGAGCGUGUCGGCUUUAUUCUUCGUUCCUGUGGCGGGUCUGACGUGUUUUCACCUGGUGCUGGUGGCCAGAGGUCGCACGACCAAUGAGCAGGUGACUGGAAAGUUCCACGGUGGCGUCAAUCCGUUCACACGCGGCUGCUUCGGCAACGUUCAGUUUGUUCUCUUUAGUCCCGUCAGUCCCAGAUAUGCUGGAAAACUUCGGGAUGCAUUUCCGCUUCACAUGCAGCCGCCUUUACCACCACCAGAGUCCCAUGACCAGAGCCCUGACAACAGCGUCCGGAAAGAAAUCCUGACAUCUUUAGAAGGAAUUCCAGAUGUUCCAGACACCAGUCCGCCUCCUCUGCCUCUUAAACCCGAUCCGGUCCUGCUGAAGAAUAAUUUGGCUGCUCUGGAAGAGCGUUUGCUCCACUCCAGGGCUGUGAUGCCUUCAGGAAAUCCAACAGAUGCUCCUCAAACCUCAGAGUCACCUGGCGUGCCUGCGUUCUGUCAAUAUCCCAGAGAUCAGAUCGUGAAGAGAGAUUCCCCGCUGGUGAGUGAAGAACAUGACGAGCAUCAGAUCAUCUCAGCUCAGCGUCUGCAGUCAAACACACGCCUGAUAAACUCUCUGAACACGCGCUCGCUGAGUCUGAAACGUGACAGCCGUCAGAUGUGCAGCCAGCAGACAGAAGUGCUCAAUCUGACCUGCGGCUCUCUCAGCAGCCGAGUCAGUAGUCUGUCGUACGACAGUCUGCUCCGUCCGGCCGAUGUCAUCCAGCGAGGUCUGAUGUCUCCUCAGGAUGUGAAUCUGUCCAGAGGUGUGGUUGACAUGCGGAGUCCAGCGUUUCGUGAACCGUCGCCCGUUGGCUUCGACAGCCUCUCCAAACCAACCAUGAGCUCCAUCCAGGAGCGCGAUGAGAAAAGCUCUGUUGGAGCGGACGCGGUCAUCUAUGACACUCCCAGCAGACGUGGCGCGCAGACAGAUUUCCCAGGGUCGUGUCGUGGUCCCACCCCUCCGGCCUACGGCUCACGGGAGUUUCUCCUGAGCAGCGCCGCGUACGGUUACGGAAGCAGGUCACAUCUCUCUUCAGCAUCCUCGCUCGGCCACCGGACGGCCGUCUCGCCGCUGCACUUCAGCGGGUCUCUUCAGGGCCGAUCUCUCUCACCGUCGCUCUAUCACUCACUGGAGCGUCACUCACAUCUCCACACCUCCACAGCUGCGCUUCACACGUCUGUCUGCGGACCACACACAACUUUACCAUUCAUCACUACCACCCAGAUGAGAGACGGUCAAGAGACAAACACUGAGUCCUGAGAGAGAGAGAAUGUGUUUAGAGACCAGUGUACAUGUUACUCGUGACAUUCAGACGAUCUUCAACCUGUAAAGAUGACCUCAUUUAUUUUAUUCAUUCUUUCUCUGUUCUUAUGUAGAACUUUUUUUUGUAUUCAAAAGAAUAUUUUCUGGGCAUUUACUGUCUUCUUUGAUCUGUCAUUGAAAACCUUUCUUGAUGUAUAUGGGUAGUUGACAAUGUGAAAAUGUGUCCUGUGGUGUGAAAGGAAAAAAAACGAAAAUCUGUCUUAUGCUAUUUUGCAUUAUAAUAGUAAUAAUAUCAAAUUAAAUAUUAUUAACAAAUAAUUUUUGCAGUCCCAUCCCUGACACAUAUACUCUUAUUACAAUAAAUGCAUUAUAUUUGUCAUUCAUCUUUGUCCACACAUGUUUAAAUGAUAUUUCCCCCUCUAAUCCUUCUGUGGUUCAUGAUUAUUAUUUAAUAAAGUGGACU